ACCAUCUAGCGCUUUCAACGGACAUGUUUGUGUUUUAAAUCAACAAACAGAAAUAAAUCCUCACCUGUGCGUUAAAGCUCACGCCUGCCAUGAAUUAUCCUGAAAGGCCCCCAUAAUCUAAUCCAGCAGAUCACACCCCCACCGCGGUAGAGGAUCCGGGCCAAUCCGAUGCUGAGGAAUGGAAACAGUGUUGUCGCGGCACCGUCUCCAGUCUGUUUUUAUGAGCGGAGUUUGCGCACUGAGCGCGUCUAUUGUCUGGAAGCGGCGGCGCGGCGGAGCGGAGGAGCGCAGCGCCGAUCUGGGAGCGCAGGGGAGCGGCUUCUUGUGACUCCGAUGUCCGGGGGAGGAACACCGAUUGCUGCCAGGAACGGAGCCCACCGGACGGGAGCGCGCUGACUGAGACGACGUCACCCAGCCCCCAUAGACCGUCUCUUCUCUCCGGCGGCCAGACAGACAGCAACAGUUGUCACGAUGUCUGAGGCCAGAUGAGGCGAAGCGGCGGAGCGAACGCUGCGGCGCUGCUGCGAUCCGGACCGGGCGGUGCUGCAAUGAUCCAGCCGUAAAGGCACCGGGACGGCGCGGAGGAGAGAGAGAGAGAGAGCACCUGGCUAAUCGAACCGGGAUCCAGCUCAGCUCCGGUUCGGUCGCGUCCUGAUCGAUUUGUGUGUGUGUGUGUGUGUGUGUGUGUGUGUGUGUGUGUGUGUGUGUGUGUGUGUGUGUGUGUGUGUGUGUGUGUGUGUGUGUGUGUGUGUGUGUGUGUGUGUGUGUGUGUGUGAGGUGAAUCCGGACGCGCGGCUGGCUCAUGUUCCGCUCGGCGGGGAAACGCGCUGUUGCGUCUGCAGAGAGCUGACGAUCCCGCGGAGACUCACGGACAGACAGACGGUCAGGCCGAGAGGCAGACAGGAGUGAGGGAGGGGGGCGACAGCCUGUUUGGGCUCUCUCGACCCUUUGCGGAUCGAGCCGAGCCCCCUCCUGUUUCCACCCAGAACCCCCACCCACUCCUCCAGCUUUGGAUGGGGGGGAAGCAGAGCACGGCAGGGCGGCCCCGGGGUGCUUUUCCCGGCGUCUCUUCGGAUGACAGCGCGGUGCCACCCUCGGCCCACUUUGGUCACUACCGACCGAGCGGCACCAUGGGCCUGCGGAGCCGCUCGGUGAGCUCCGUGGCUGGAAUGGGCAUCGACCACAGCUCCGCCAUGCCCUUCGGCUUCUACACCCCCAGAGGGACGGACUCGGAUCGGGGCGGAGGGGGCUCGGGGGGCACCACCGCGGCCCCCCACGGAACCGGCUACCAGGACACUGGCGGCGGGGGGCACCACACGGACGGAGUUCUGUAUUUGGGGUCCCGGGGGUCGCUGGCUGACACCUUGCCCCUGCACAUCGCGCCCCGCUGGUUCAGCGCGCACAGCGGAUUCAAGUGUCCUGUCUGCUCCAAGUCUGUGGCGUCCAAUGAGAUGGAGGUUCACUUCAUCAUGUGUCUCAGCAAGCCUCGGCUCUCCUACAAUGAUGAUGUGUUGGCGAGGGAUGCCGGCGAGUGUGUGAUCUGUCUGGAGGAACUGCAGCAGGGGGACACCAUAGCCAGACUGCCGUGCCUCUGCAUCUACCACAAAAGCUGUAUAGACUCGUGGUUCGAGAUCAACCGGUCCUGCCCUGAACACCCCUCUGACUGACUGACCACUGGGCCCCACUCGGAGUACUGUUCAAGAACGCGUUGUGGUUCUGCCGUGGAUGGACAUCCGGACACGGACACAACCAAACCCAAUGAAACAAUCAAAGCGACCAUCACAUUCCCACCCCGAUGGAACCCAGCGUUCUAACAACAAAACAAACUGUUCUUCGUGAACUGAACCAAAAAGAUGUGUGACUAUGGAACCGCCAUCCAUUAAAGCGCCUCUGCCACGCUUUCCAUGUGACGUCCGCUGAUGAAACUGCGUACAGCCCAGACCCUCCUCCUCCCUCACCCGUCACACCUCUCUGGCCAAACAGAGUCCCUUAAAGGGCUUUAUCUGCCCCCUCCAGCUCGACCAGACACGCUCAGGUCUCCCAUCCUGUCUCUGGAUCCAGGCCUGUCCGUCACAUCUGCCCAGCCCUCCCAUGGCCUUAACUGAGGAAGCAGAGCGGAGGAGGAGGAACACGAGAGGGAGACAGAGGAGGAAAAGGUGGAAACCAACAAAUGGAGGUGCAGAAGCUUGUCGUGACAAAAAGACUUGUACAUUAUUCAGUCGGCCUCUCAUCUCACUCAACAGGACUCCGGCGUUGGUGAUGAUCUUUCAGAAGAGACUGCCUCAGCGUGCUCCUCUUUCAUAGUUCCUGCCUCAGUUCUGCGUCCUUCCUCAUCAAAUUUGACUACUAAACAAAAGAAGCACCUUGGAUGCUCAGGACCCGGCUUGUGCAAACCUGAGCGGGGGGGAGGAGGGGUGGAUGAAAUCUACCAAAAAGAGGUGUUGACCUGCUUUAUGUAUGAGCUGCUUAGAGAGGAUCUAAGGAUGGACGUGGCGGAGAGGCGGAGAGGCGCGAUCUGAGCAUGCUCAGUUCUGACGGCAAGGGAGGAAGGGGCAGGAACCGAUGUAGUUCACGCUCUUAAUGUGUAAUGUGUGUGUGUGUGUGUGUGUGUGUGUGUGUGUGUGUGUGUGUGUGUGUGUGUGUGUGUGUGUGUGUGUGUGUGUCUAUUCAAGUGUUUACAGUCUAGGUAUCCAUGUUCCCUGUGUGUGUGACUGGCAGUCCUCCCUUUACUUUGCUGAUGUUUACAGCUACAGAAAAGCAACACGACUCAUUGUAAAGUUCAAAUGUAACCUCUCUCUGUUUUUCUCUGUCAGAUCUGCCAGAAUUUUUCAUGUGAACAUGAUUAGUCAUUUCUGUGAGGGAGACACGCGAGAGUGUGAGUGUGCGUCUCUGUUCAUAUGACUGUGUCCGUGGCUUGAUUACUGACUGAGCUGGCCAGGCUCGGACCCUGAGGACCCACAGAGUCACACGACCCUUGAUCUGAAACCUCAGAGAUAAAAAAUGCACGCACACAAAAUUCAAAUGUACUCGGAAAAACAGCACUGGAGAUUCAAACUGACAGAAAGCAAACGGCAAACUAAUCUCAGAUGGCACAAACUUAAAGAGCAAGUCACCCCGCAAUCUACUUUUUUUCCGAUAAACUAUAUAAAUGUGUGUCUAAUCAUGCGGCAGACACGUGUAGUCAAUAGUUUUGCACUUUAGUGCAUUUUAGUUAAAAUUUAAAUUUUCUGCCUAAAACUGUCAGUGUUGUGCCGUUGUCAGGUAAAAACUCUGCACUGCGUUUGAAUUUAAAUCUGCAAUCGCUAUUGGCUAAGAGGUACCCUAGAACGUUAGCUGGUACCAUAUGAUGUCACAAUGUCGUGUGUGUGUAUUUGUUAGUGGCUCCGCCCUCUCGGUCUGCUAGGCAACAGCAUUUGUUGCACUUUUUCAUACAGGAAGUGGGAGUUGAGUAAUACUCUGGUAGGGGGUGACUUGCUCUUUAAAGAGGUCCUUCUGGGAGAAAAUAUUUUUAAUGAUUAUUUCUGAUUCUAACGGGUCACUCUGAGUGUUUCAUGCAGGCUGAACAUGAAAAUAGUCUCCUACACCUAUCUCCUGCAGUAGCUUCUGAUAGAAAACAGACGGGGAAACUCUAGGAUUAGAAAGUCCUGACAGAUCUACGUCACACUGUCACUAACACUCAUGGACUCGCCCAUCUGGUCUCACGACGGGGAAGGCUGUUGUUGGUUUAGCGUCCAGGAAACAGCAGAGAACGUCUCAGCUAGUAGAAGCUAACUGUUAGGAUUAGCAACUUCACCACACAGCAGAACUCCUCCAGGUUUGUGUUAUUAGUGGAGAUAAAACAUCAACGUUGCAGAGCAAACAGUCAGUGGUAGAGUCAUGUUGCUGUUAGCCAAUCAGAGGCUAGAUGUCUAAAUAUCAGGAAGUAAGUCUCCAAAUCCUGUCGUUUGAAGCUACUUUCUUCUUUGGCUGAGUUCCCCGUGCUGAAACAGGCGCGCCGGGGCUUUCUUUUAUGUCAGAGUGCGACUUACAGUGCAUACAUUCCUCCUAGAGACCACGGCAAAUAUUAAACGUAUGAGUGAAAAUCCUUUUUAACAAAAGCAGGUCAAAACGUCAAAAAGAGGAUUUAAAUUUACCAAAAGAAGCUGUAAGAACUCUAGGCAGGCACAAUAUGACAGAUAACUGCAAAAAGACUCGAAUUAACAACAGAAUGACUUAAAACAUGUACAAAUGAAUCAAGUAUCAAAAUGCACAAGUGAAAAUUUACUACAAGGGCUCAACUACAACACUCAAAAAUGUUCACACUUAAAGAUUAGCAAAAAUCCCCUAAGUUGAUGCACAACGAUUCAUAUAAAUGACCCGAAUCAGACUCUGAACGCCUCCUUUGUGACUCGUUUGGCCCCUGUGUGCUGCUUCUGUUUUAGAAAAUUUCUACAAAUGUGUGCCUCGAGGCCUGUUGGCUCAUUAUCCAUCCACGACUGUCUGUGCAUGUGUGUGUUUGCACCUGGAAAGGCGCCUCCUGGUCUCCGCUACAGUCCCUGCCCCACAUUGUGUUUCUGCUGAUACAGGUCUGGCUGCCUGCGACUAGCAGCUCGACACACCCAGACCCUCAGAAGGACUCUGAUGUUCCACUGUGGAGCCACUGAAUGAGGCUUAUUUAUUCAUUUGUUCAUAUUUAACAAUAUUUGUUUAAUAGUCAAAUCAUGUGAGGCGUUACUCACUCUUCAGAAGGCCAAGAUCUGACGUGUGACGACUGCUACGAAUCAGCAUACAAACAAACUGCAUUUACAAAGCUACUGUAAACAAAUGGUGAAAUAAAUUGUGCUAGACGACA